AUGGAGCGUCGAACUUUUGAAGCUCCCAUGGAGUGGGAGUACCAGAACGCUGGGCCUGUCGAUCUGACCAGUCCGUUUGCGCAGGUGGCCAGGAAGAGAUCAGACAACUUGUUUGGUGGCUCGACUCUCAAGCCAUCGACAACGCCCCCGACGACGUCGUUUUCUGUCUUUGGGACACCCUCGUCAAAACCGCCCACGCGAUCAUUCUUCACUCCCCAGCUCGCCCCCCAGGUUGUGGCACCGCCAUUUCGCAACCCUGCAUUCACAACACCGAGGAAGCUCGAACAGUCGGAUACCUCCUUUACCGACGCCGAGACCUCGUUCACGGAUGCCUCCUUCGUCUCGUGCGCCGACGACAGCCCAGCGCAAACCGAUGUUUCCAUCUUGCCCAACGACACCCCCGAGUCGGAUCGCAUGAGCGACGCAACCAUCAGCAACACGACUCCGACCAAGAUUGACAAGAACACGCGCUACAACAGGAGCUCCCCUUGGAGGCAUGCGGCGGGCAAAGGAGAGCUUCGACCUCUGAGCAGGGAUAAGGAGCUGCAGGUGCUUAGGAAGCGGAAGCGGCACAAUAUGGACAAGGACGUUAGCAGCGUCAUCAGGCAUUUGCCCCGAGACUGGGAGGGCGAUGUGUCAGAUUCGGAGGCGAGCAUGGCAGAUUAUCGAGUCGCAUCACCAGGCAAAGUGUUGUCACGACCCGGAUCCUCCUCGCAGCAGAAGCACCAGACAGCCCCGACUCUUGCGCCUAGCGAAGGCUGGUUUUUGUCCGCCCUGGGCACAAUGGAUCGAUACCCAGGCGCUCCCGACCACAUAUACAGGUGGCUGCAGCUCGGCCUCAAUUGCCUCAUCAUGGGCAUCAUCAUGUACUUUGGAUGGAGCGUCGUGGACGCAGUGCGAUCAGACGUUCGAAACGCCAACGAGAUGGCCCGGAUGGAGAUUAUGAGCCGCAUCACAGAAUGCCAAAACCACUACACCAGCAACCAGUGCGCCAAGAGGAGGGACCUGCCAGCGCUGCGUGCCCUGUGUGACGACUGGUAUGACUGCAUGUCUCAAGAUUCCGACGCCAUUAUGCGCGUCAGAGUCACGAUCAAGCAGAUUGCAGAGGUGAUCAACGAGUUUGCCGACGCAAUGAAUCUCAAGGCAUGGAUCAUGUUUGCCACAAUUGCCGUCUUCGUCAUCUUUUCCAACGUCAUGCUUGGAUGGGGACGGUCCAAGGCACAAGUGGCACCAGCGCAUCCGCCCGCCUUCUCUCACGUUCCCAUGAUGGGCCCAGACACGACGCCAGCGCACUUUCGGACGCGGUUCGAGACGCCUAGAUCACAGCGGUAUGCCUUUAUCGAGGACGACAGAGCCGAAAGCGACAUGUCACUCGGCAAGAUGAGUCUGGGCUCGGGCUUCCCAUACGAGUACGGCACCGUAGGACGACGAAGCCCAGGCAAGGGAGAGCGGACAGCAAGUCCCAGCAAGUACCACCGAAGUCCCGACAGGGGUGGUGAAAGAUUAGGGGGCUCUCUGCGCUGGUAG